CGGGAGGAAUUUGCCUUAGAAAGUUUGAGGAGCGGCUUCGGCGGGUCCGGAGCUGGAGCCGGAGUGAAACCUGUGCCUGAGAUCGGGCUCGGUGACUGCAGCCUUCGCCUCACCGCCCGAUGGUUUGAAGCCCCGGCACUCGCCUCUCUCCACCCCCCCCCCCCCCCCAGUCCGUGUCCCUCUGCUGCUGCUUUGGGGACUAUGUUGCUGGGCAGGCGGCGGCGCUCCAGGCCGCUCCUGCUGCUGUGCUGCGGGAUGAUCGCCCUGGGCUUCGUGAUUCUCAGCCGGAGCGGCCAGCAGGAAACAGAGCGCCGGGACGCGGCUCCUGGAACUGGGACUGACGGCGGCUCCGACUCUCACAGCGAGUCCGAGUAUGAACGUUUACAGAGAGCCGUGUAUGAGAAGCCUGCAAUGGACGUGAACGGGCUGGGAGAGCUGGGCAGAGCAGUUCACCUGAACCUGCAGGGCGAAGAGAAGAAGAAGGAGGAGGAGAGUAUCAGCAAACAUCAGAUUAACACCUAUGUGAGCGACAGGAUCUCGCUGCGCCGCCGACUGCCGGAGAGAUGGAAUCCCCUGUGUAAAGAGAAGAAGUAUGAUUAUCGAAACCUUCCAACCACUUCUGUGGUAAUAGCAUUUUAUAAUGAGGCCUGGUCAACACUCCUGCGGACAGUACACAGCGUUCUUGAUACUUCACCUGAUAUUCUGUUGAGGGAGCUUAUCAUAGUGGAUGAUUACAGUGAUCGAGAACACCUGAAGAAGCCUUUAGAAGACUAUGUAGCUAGUCUUCGCAAAGUGCGGUUGAUCCGCGCACGAAAGAGAGAAGGUUUAGUUCGUGCACGAUUGCUGGGUGCAUCCAUAGCAACAGGUGAUGUCUUGACGUUCUUGGACUGCCAUUGUGAGUGCCAUAUUGGUUGGCUGGAACCAUUAUUGGAAAGAAUCCUGGAGGAAGAAACUGCUGUGGUAUGUCCUGUUAUUGAUGUAAUUGACUGGAAUACGUUUGAGUUCCUGGGAAAUUCCGGAGAGCCGCAGAUUGGUGGGUUUGACUGGAGGCUGGUCUUUACUUGGCAUAUAGUUCCUGACCAUGAACGAAAACGAAGGCGAUCCCCAAUUGAUGUGAUUAGAUCUCCCACCAUGGCUGGCGGACUGUUCGCUGUCAGUAAGAAGUACUUUGAGUAUCUGGGCACGUAUGACACAGGAAUGGAGGUCUGGGGAGGAGAGAACUUGGAAUUUUCUUUCAGAAUAUGGCAGUGUGGAGGUUCCUUAGAAAUUCAUCCCUGUUCUCAUGUAGGUCAUGUUUUUCCCAAACAAGCUCCUUACUCAAGGAGUAAAGCCCUGGCAAAUAGCGUACGUGCUGCAGAAGUCUGGAUGGAUGAAUAUAAAGAACUGUAUUUUCACAGAAAUCCACAUGCCCGUUUGGAGCCAUAUGGUGAUGUAACAGAGAGAAGAAAACUCAGAGAGAAGCUACAAUGUAAAAACUUCAAAUGGUUAUUGGAGAAUGUUUACCCAGACAUCCAUGUACCUGAGGAUCGACCAGGUUUCUUUGGAAUGUUAAAGAACAAAGGAAUGAUGAACUACUGCUUUGAUUAUAAUCCACCAAAUGAACACAAUGUUGCAGGAGGAAAAAUCAUCCUGUAUCAGUGUCAUGGCAUGGGCCAAAAUCAGUUUUUUGAAUUCUCGUCACACAAUGAAAUCCGUUAUAAUACUCGCCAACCUGAGGCAUGUGCUGCAGCAGAUGCUGCAAAUGACUAUCUGACAGUGUACCUUUGCCGAGAGAAUAAUUGGCCUGUGCCUGAAAGCCAGAAAUUCAUUUUUAAGGAGGAUGGCUCAAUCUACCAUGUCCAAACGCAGAGAUGUCUGCAGGCUGUACCCAAUGCAUUCAGUAAUGGUCGUCCAGGACCAUUACUACGGCCAUGUACAGAUAUCGACCACCAGAAAUGGUUCUUCCAAGAAAGAAAAUGAUUUGUACAUAUUCAAAUUCAUUAACAACUUCAAAAAGCUACUGUUACCAAAAAUACUACUGAAUUUUACUAUGAACUAUAUGAUCAUAUCAAAUCUUUGAAUAUUCUCCCUUAGAAUACUUCAGGAUGAGAUUUUAAGAUUUGCUUAAUAUAGUAGCAUCUUUGUACUGAUUUUAUCACUGAGAGCAAUUUAUUUUUAACAAUGCCUUGAACUUACAAAAAAACCACCCAAAUUUCCAAAGAAUAAUUUAAGUGCAUCGUUUACUUAUGCAAUUGGUAGGUAACCUGACUGUGUGUUUAUUUGAAUAUACAUAGUGAAUAAUCUACUGGUUUCAACAUGAUUUGUUAAAGGCUUUAAAACAAUUUUGUGUUUGGAAACUAAAAGUGAACUUUGUACAAGUCCUUUUUUGUCUUUUUGAAGUCCGUGAUCUGUGAUGUUACAGCUAUGUAAAGGGAGACAAAAUUGCAAUUCCUGACUCAUUUAGAAGAAGAACAGACAACUUCUUUUUUGCCAAGGUUGAGACAAGGAAGGGGUAGGAAAUGUAGAUAUUUUUCAGUGAAACAUUGCAGUUUUGAGCGUAUCAGCUUGAUUUAGUGCACUUUAGGGAAUAUUAUAUCUUUUGAUACUGAUCUUUCAAAUUCCAUAAUCUUGCCGCUUUCCAGCCUGUUGUGAAAUUGAAGCUCGGUGUCCACAAUCAGUUUGAAACUAAAGACAUGUCUUAGAAGUUGUUCUUGUAGUAUUUAUUUUAACACUUGACUUUCAGCAGUAGAAAUAUCAAGGAAAUACCUGUAGGGUUUAAAAGGGGUGGGAGGAGAGAGAAUAUCUGAAAUUUACAGCUGAAACUGAGACCAAUUUUUGCACCGAUUCUAGUGUUGAACUGUGUGAGGAGGUUUGAAUUUUUGCACCAUGCAUGGAGAACACUAAGAGUAAACUGAGGUCUUGCACCAAAUCUAUAGAGUCGGACAGAGCUCUCUAAACACAACCUGGUUUUGUAGGCCCAAUGAGGAAAAAAAUAUGUUUUGUGCAGUGCUUUACAGCCGAGGAAUGAUUUUUGAAGUGCAGUUGCUGUUGUUUUUCAGACAAUAAGGUAAAUUACUUUUUAAUCUAUUUUGGCAGUGUUAAUUGAGGGUUGAAGAUUGACCCAAACUCUGAAAAGACUCCUUUGCUCUUCUUCAGUUAGUGCCUUGGGAUCUUUGACAUUCACUUGAAUAGGUAGAUGGGGCUGGGUUUAAUAUCUUAUUUGAAGGGCAGCACCUCAAACAUGCAGCACUCGCUCAGCACUGUACUGAACUGUCAGUCUAGAUCAUGUGCUCAAGUUCCUGGACUGAAACCACGACUUUCUGACUCAAAGACGAAAGUGCUACCACUGAGACCAACUGACACAACUGCAAGGUGGAACCCUUUUUUACUCUUAAAACAUAGGUCCUAACCUAAAUGAGGUGUGAAAUGGGGACAUGAGAAGAAUCAUUACGAUGUGACUCAAGCAUAUUGCUAAAUCCCACAGCCCCAAUUAGUCUUUGGUUUAGAAUUAACUAUAUAUGUGAGCACUUGUGGCAAAAUCACCAGCAGUCGGUUUGAGAUUAGGGUCUGGAAAAGCUCAAGCUUUACAUUUUUAAACGAUUCUAUGCCUGUGUGUGGGAUGAUAAAUGUGCUUCAAAUUGAUGAGAAUUAAUUUUAAAAAAUGUUUUGGAAGACUCUACCUAUAAUUUUGGUUUGUAACCACACCAGGCAGGGUAGAUUGUGAUAAAAAAUGAUUUCACGUUCUCUCCUUUUAGAUUAAUGUACAUUGGUUCACUCCUCCAUAUGUCACUGUAACAUCAUAUGUCACAAGUGAAAAUGUGCAAUGAUUCAUUUGAAUACAGUAGAUGCUUUUUAUUUUGAUACAAAAUUUGAAGGAGUUCUAUUUUUGCACUCUAAUUGCAAAAUGUCGUUAUCUUAUGGGAGUUAUUGCUAAUCUCAUAUUGUGUAGAAAAUAUGUUCUAUUUUCUUCCCCAACAACUUAUAAAAUGAACUAAAUAGCCAAAAAUGUUUAUAGAAUUUAUAAAUGCUGCAUAUGUGUAUGAAAAGACUUGCUUACCAAACCAUAGCAAUAUAGUAGCCUGUGGAAGGAUGAGCUGAAUGGCCUUCCUCUCUUGUACUUACCUUUGAUAUAAAACUAACUGUAUCCUUAAUGUACUGGAGAAUGUACUAAACAGUUUUAAAUAAUUGCUUUUGAUAGAUAUUGAUUGAUCCAGGCAGCAAAUCACUGUGCUAAAGGGCUUUAUUGACUUCUAAAAAAAUAAUUAUCUCUUGGGCUUCCAUAAUUUGUAAUAUUUGAUUUUUUUUAACCUUGUUGAGGUAACUUGUUUUUUUGUUUAAAUCUAUUCACUGUUCUUGUAUUGACAUAUCUUUGUGCAGCAGUUUUAAGGACUUAUAAUUAAGGUGAAAGAUUGUAAAAUGUUUCAGUUGCUAUUGCCAAGCAGACAUGUUGGCAUUAGAACUAUACCUGGUCUUGAGAAGAACUGGGUUGUGACUGCAAAUGUUUGCAGAGUUUACUACUUUGGAUGUGAAUUUAAAUGUGAGAAUUUGUAUUUUGUCAAGUUUUGGUGCAUAUCUUUUUUUAAUGAACACAACUUUCUAAUCAACCCGUUUUAUAAAUAGUCAUAGCAUUGCUACUCUCCAGCAUUUAACCCGAGUCUCAGCAAAAAGAAUGCACAGCCUCUUACAGAGGUUGCUGUGUUGCCCAGAGAUGUCCUAGCAUUAAUGCAAUGAAAAUGGAAGAUAUUUGUUUUUGAUUCUCCAGUUGUUUGCUCGCUGGCGGGCUAACUAAAGUUUAAAUGCAGCUGCGGGAGAAAUAAUGGAUUGAUUAUCACUAAUUAUUAUAAAAUGAACGUCUGAUGGAUUUUUCAAUAACAUUUUGAGAGUACAGUCACAAACACCAUGUGCUGUACAGAUGUUGGUCAGAUUUGAGACAAUGGUCUUUCUCUGAGAAUUCUCCAUCCAACUGAUUUGACAAUGGUCUUUCUCUGAGAAUUCUCCAUCCAACGGAUUUGAACAUUGAACAAACAGUUUUUUAAAAUAAAAUAUAUUUUUUGCAAAUUGCAAAAACAACGCCCCACACUUUCAGGUAUGUCUUUAAGAGUUUUUAUGGGAAUAAUUUUGCAAAAUGCACAACUGUGUCCUGCCAUUUUCUUCAGCAAUAAAAUUAUUGCAGGGAACUGCAAUUUAUAUAUUUAAAAA